AAAAAGUAGAAAAGUUUUUCAUUGUGAUUUCUCACACAGGUGAUCAGAAAAAACUCUCAAGCGGUGUGUAUGAAAUUUGCCAAACCAAAAAACAGAAGGGCUCACUUGGCGCAUUUUAACGGACGGCAGUUCCUCAGAACCUUCCCCACCAAUUCAGCGGUGGCUUCUCUCUCUCUCUCUCUCUCUCUCUCUCUGGACACUACCCUUAUAACAAACGAUUCAAAACAUCAUGACUACUAUUACUCUCUCUCCUCACCUCCGCUCUCAUGCCCCCCUCCUACUCCCCCACCACCAUCACCACCCUCCCAUGUCUCUCCUUCGCCACCUAACCCUCCAACGCCACCACCACCACCACCGCCGCCGUUUACUCUCCAUAGCGGCCGCCGCCGUCAAACAAGACACCACCGUCUGGACCCCAGCCCCUCUCUCCUCCGUCCGCUCUGCCGCCGACUACCUCUUCCACGUCACCAUCGACGUCUCCGACACGCCCGACGUCGCCGCGUCCCACACGCACGCCGGCCAGUACCUGCAGCUCCGUCUGCCGGACGCUGAGAACUCAAAGCCAUCGUUCCUCGCCGUCGCGUCGCCGCCUUCGUUUGCGGCGGCGAGGGGCGAGUUUGAGUUCCUGGUGAAGAGCGUGGCCGGAUCCACUGCGGAGCUGCUUUGCGGGCUACAGAGAGGGGAUGUCGUUGAGGUGACGCAGGUUAUGGGGAGGGGUUUCGAUGUGGAGCGGAUCUCGCCGCCUGAGGAGUAUUCGACGGUCCUGAUCUUCGCAACCGGAUCUGGAAUUAGCCCAAUCCGGUCUUUAAUUGAAUCAGGAUUCAACACCAACAAGAGACCGGAUGUAAGGCUCUAUUACGGUGCUAGAAAUCUUCAGAGAAUGGCUUAUCAGGAUAGGUUCAAAGAGUGGGAAUCCUUGGGCGUUAAGAUUGUUCCAGUAUUAUCACAACCUGAUGAUAAUUGGACUGGUGAACGUGGAUAUGUACAGGCUGCUUUUGCUAGAGCUAAGAAAAUUUUAAGCCCCCAGGCCACUGGUGCUGUGCUAUGUGGACAGAAACAGAUGUCUGAGGAAGUUGUUUCUCUUCUUGUAGCUGAAGGAGUUUCAAGUGAGAAGAUAUUAAAGAACUUCUGACAACCAUCAGCUCGGAUUCAUAGUGUUGUACUAUUAUUGUUGAGCAAAAGUUAAUUAUCGAUUCAUUUAUCCUGUGACGCCAAAUGUCAAAAGUGUCUCAGCUUGGAAAAAUAGAAUAAAAUCAAUUUUGCUAUAUAUCUCUUACACAUAUAAUGGAGUUGUUUUUUACAA